GUGUCUUUUUCUAAAGCAGCUACAGAUGAAUCUAAAAAUGAUGAUUCAACAAAUGAAAAAACUGAUUCAGUAGAAGCAAACAUGGAAACAAAUGAAGCAGUAGAUGAGAAUGUGGAUACGACUAAAGCAAGCGACGAGACUAACGAUACUACAUUACAAAUAGAAGAAGGAGUGGAGAAUAAUCCUGAGUGGUACAAGCAUAAGUUUUAUAGCAGGAUUUUUGAGUCACUUUGUAGACGCCGCAUGCCCAUUCUUCUGCCCAAGUACAAAGAGACCAUAAUGCAACUUCUGAAGAAAGAUGAUCGUUUUAAAAUGAAUUUGGAUAUCAUCAAGGAAGAGGCAAUGAAACUAUGUGAGAAGAAUAAGGAGAUUAAAGAGAAUGGAACUCCUGCUGAAACAGAUGUGUCAACGGGUCCGGCUGAAAAGAAACUGCCAGCACGUUUACCGUACUUUGUAAAGGUGCUCGGCCGCCCGGCUCUACCCAAACGCAAGCUAAUGCAAACAUUCCUGGACCAGUUCCACCCGAAGACCAUCAAGAAACACCGCGGCGUUCACAACUUGCUGUUCGUCGGCUUCAACGAUAAACAGGACUUUGAUAACAUCCUCGCUGCCACUAUGAGUGUUGUUGGAACUUCUACAAUCGAAGUGAGAAUCAGUGAACCAACAAAGGUGACUAACACCAACCAGGCUGAAACUGAGAAGUCAAAUGAUGAAGUGCAAACCAAAACAGAAGAUAUUGACCAGGUCCUUAAUGAAUCUCUGGACAAUCAAAUUGUUGAUUUACUGAGUGCUAUACGGGAGGAAGAAGAAAAUAAAAUUUCUGAAGAUAACGAUGUUGAAUUCAUUGAAAAUGAAACUACUGAAGUUAAGACUGAAAAACAAACUACCGAAGUGAAGACUGAAAAUGAAACUGCAGAAGUGAAAUCUGAGUCCAAUGGAGAAGCAGAAACCCAGGAAGAGAUAGUGGAGAAUAAAAACAUUGAAACUAUGAAGAAUGAGGGCAAAGAGACCGGAAGGGCUACCCCUACACGGUCCUCAACCCGUAUAGCGACAUCGACACCUAGUUCUAUUAUUAGGACUAGACGUACAAGCAAACUGGCACAAAACUAAGAACUACAAACUAUGACCAUGCACGAAAAACAUAGAAAUUCGGGUUAAUUUAGGAGGGUAAUAGUGUCUACAAUAAGGGAGUCGCCAAACUUAUUAACCUGGAAUCGCUUGAUCCUGUCACAAAAAGCUUUUCUUUAUAAUAGCUAAGUGACGAGACUAACAAGUCGUUACGUCUAUACGAAACACGCAACGCUCUUAUUACAGCUUUUUCUGACAGACUUAACGUGAUUUCCUGUGGAUAAGUCUGAUGUCUUCUUAAUAUAUAGUACCCCUACAUCAUCUAAAAUACCUGCUUGAUUAAGAAACAGCAACAAAAAGGUAGAGACAUUUCUUGUUUAUCUCGCUUGGUCUGCCGAUACUUUGUCACAAAAUUAAUCGUGUAGAGCAUACAGAGCAAGAUACCAAUAAAUAUCUUAAUAAUUUCAACAGCUUAACUUGAGAUUUUGGUCUAUAUUUGAGUCUUAAAAUUCCAAACUUCACCAUUAAUAAUAAUGUUUCAAGUAUUGUCCAGAUAGGUUCGUCGAACUACCCUUAAUUAUUAGACUAACUAAAUAAAUGACUAAUUAUAUAAGAUAUCGCUAUAUGACACACUAGUAGUAUGUACAAGUAGUAUGUAAUUUUAAAAAUACGCAAUGUAUUGUUUAUUUAACUGUUUUAAUAAUCGCAAAUUAGGUUAAGUUUGAUAAUAAUUAUUGUCUAUUGAUU